UUGGACACACAAACAAUCGAGAGCGAGCGCCUCGCCAUCCCGUGAGCUCCUUCUCUUAAUUUUUCUUCUUCUUCUUCCUCGAGCAGUCGCCGGAGGUGCUCAGUGCUCUGCAAUGGCUCGAGUAGUUGGGAUCCUGCUCGCCGUUGUUGUGGCUGCGGCGGCGUCGCUGCUUGCGCCGGUGGCGGCCGAACUGACGCGGGUGGAGCACCCGCCCAAGACCGAGGGGUCGCUCAACAUCCUUGCCGUCGGCGACUGGGGGCGGCGCGGGCAGUACAACCAGACCCUGGUUGCCGAGCAGAUGGGAGUGGUGGGGGAGAAACUGGACAUCGACUUCGUCAUCUCCACCGGCGACAACAUCUACGACGACGGCAUCGCCAACACCAGCGACCCACUCUUCAAGGAGUGCUUCACCAACAUCUACACCGCCCAGAGCCUCCAGAAGCCUUGGUACAUUGGUAAUGCACUCUGCAUUACAUGUUACUCGAUCACACACAUUACUAUUGUGCAUGCCCUCAGAGUCCUUGGCAAUCAUGACUACACCGGCAACGCGCUGGCGCAGCAGGACCCUGCCAUCCGCGAAGUGGACAGCCGGUACCUCGCCAUUGCCAAGUCCUUCAUCGUCAACUCAGAAAUCGCGGACUUCUUCCUCGUCGACACGUCGCCGUUCUACCUCAAGUACUGGAACAGCAGCAAGUACGAUUGGAGAAACGUAGCUCCUCGCGACACCUACAUCGAAACCCUCCUCAAGGAUCUGGACGACGCGCUGACGCAAUCCGAGGCGCCCUGGAAGAUCGUCGUCGGCCACCACCCCAUCAGCAGCGGCUGCGAGCAUGGGAACACCACCGAGCUCCAGCAGCUGCUCCGGCCCAUCCUCGAGGCGCGUGGUGCUGACAUGUACGUGAACGGCCAUGACCACUGCCUGCAGCACAUCAGCAGCAGGAACAGCCCUGUGCAAUUUAUGACGAGCGGCGGUGGGUCCAAGGCAUGGGCAGGCAAGUUCAAGACCACCUCGGACAAGAUCGAGUUCAUCUACGACGGGCAGGGGUUCAUGUCGAUGCAGCUGAGCAAGACGGAGGCGCACCUCGUCUUCUACGACGUCGCCGGCAACGUCCUGCACACCUAUGACAGCAGCAAGACCGAAGAUGAUGAUGAACACUAGCUGGCUAGAUCGCCUACAAGCUAGGCCGCAGACAGCACUGUGAUUGGUAAAUCAGAUCAGGCUAUUGUUUAUUAACUGUUUGUCUGGAAAAAGUUGGUGUGUGUGUGUGUUGUUGUUGGUGUGUGUGUGUGUUGUUGUUGUUGUGUGUCGUCUGUGACAAUGUGAAGAUCGAUGUGCGUGGUGUGCAGAAGAGAGAAUGGUAUCUUCUGUGGAAUUAAUAACACUACUGGAAAAUAGGCUUAUUGUACCGGUUGUUGA